CGUGUGUCCUCUAUGAACGAGAUUUGUACAUCACUGCGUAGUUGAGACAAUGUUGAACUGGGAAAAGAUUUUUUGAAUUAAGAUAAACUGCGUUUUUUGAAAGUUAGGUACAGGAUAAUCAUUGAUCUACUCUCUUUGUCUUUGACAUAGAUUUAUUUAUUUGUACAUUAGACGUCUGAAAUUGACCUGAAAAUACAAUAACUAUGAGUGGAGGCGUCUAUGGCGGAGAUGAGGUGGGAGCAUUGGUUUUUGAUGUCGGACACUACUCUUUUAGAGCAGGGUAUGCAGGAGAAGACUCACCAAAGGCAGAAAUUCCAACCAUGGUCGGAGUUGUUGAAGAACACCUGGAUGCGAUGGACGUGGAUGGAGGAUCUCAACUGAGAGAUAUCACAACACAGAAGAAGUAUAUGAUUGAUACUACUAGCAUCCAUGUAGCAAGGAAAGGGAUGGAAAUGACUAGUUUCCUUAAGGAUGGAAUGAUUGAAGACUGGGAUAUUUUUGAAAAAAUGAUGGACUAUGUAUUCACGAGACACAUCAGAUCAGCACCCCAUGAACAUCCAGUGUUGAUGUCUGAAGCACCGUGGAAUGUUCGUGGAAAACGUGAAAGGCUAACAGAGCUCAUGUUUGAGAAGUACAAUAUCCCUGCUUUCUUUCUGGUGAAGAAUGCUGUUUUAGCAGCGUUUGCCAAUGGUCGAUCCACAGGUAUCAUUGUUGACAGUGGUGCUAGCCAAACCUCUGCUGUUCCUGUUCAUGAUGGCUAUGUUCUGACACAAGCAAUCGUGAAGUCUCCGUUAGCAGGUGACUUCAUUACCAUGCAGUGUAAACAAUAUUUAGAAGAUCAAGAAAUUGAAAUUAUACCAGCCUACAUGAUAGCUGGAAAGGUCGUAACUCUGACAUACUUCGGGUAUUUUUUCCUGUUGCAGGGAAUAAUCCAGGACUUUCAGAGUUCUGUGCUUCAGAUUUCCGACUCACCAUAUGAUAAAGAAACUGUAGAGAACAUGCCCACUGUCCAUUAUGAGCUUCCCCAUGGAUACAACUUAGAUUUUUCUUCAGAGAGGUUCCAGAUUCCAGAAGCUCUCUUUGAUCCUUCAAAUAUCAAAGGUGUUCCAGGAACUACAAUGAUGGGUGCAGCUCAAGUUGUCACAACUAGCGUAGGAAUGUGUGAUAUUGAUGUCAGACCUAGCUUGUAUGGAAGUGUUAUUGUUACAGGAGGUAACUCACUUCUUACUGGCUUUACUGAUCGACUCAAUCGAGACUUGUCUGCCAAAACACCACCUGUAAGUUAUAUUAGCAAUAUGAUGACUGGGAUUCUUGCUUCUCUAGGUACUUUUCAACAAAUGUGGAUCUCUAAACAAGAAUAUGACGAGGGAGGAAAAUCUCAAGUGGAACGAAAAUGUCCAUAAUGAUUUUUGUUUCUCUUAUUUGGUUUUAGUAAGUGUUCAUUGUUGUUUGUGGUCCCUAUGACCUAGUAUGCUGUAUUUCUGAUUAUUUUUUUUUUAAAAGAAGAAGUACGAAUUAAUCAGUUCAGUGUCUGAGUCUUUUGUAAUUUCCUGUAAAUAAAAAUGGAUGUAUUCUCAAAAAUGUUA